AUGUUAGAUAAAUUUCGAAGUGAAUAUAUCAUUCAUUUUUAUGGAGCAGUAUUUAUUCCUAAUAAAAUAUGUAUGAUAACAGAAUAUGCAAAAUAUGGAUCAAUACAAGAUUUAAUUAAUAAAAGAACAAACACAGAAAUACCAAAUAAAAUAAGAAUUAAAUUCAUGAUAGAUGGAGCAAAAGGAAUUUCAUAUCUUCAUUCAAAUGGAAUAUUACAUCGAGAUAUUAAACCAGAUAAUUUUCUUGUUAUAACACUUGAUGAUAAUAUUGGAGUUAAUUGUAAAUUAACAGAUUUUGGAAGUUCAAGAAACAUUAAUAUGAUGAUGACAAAUAUGACAUUUACAAAAGGGAUAGGAUCACCUACUUACAUGGCACCAGAAGUAUUGAAACGAGAACAUUAUAAAAUGGAAUCAGAUAUAUAUUCAUAUUCAAUAACAAUGCUAGAGAUUAUUACAUGGCAAAAUCCAUUUCCUAAAGAAAUAUACAAUUUUCCAUGGGAUAUUGCAGAUGCAAUCACAUCAGGUAAACGACCACCAAUAAUACAAGAAGUUGAAGAAGAUAUUAAAGAAAUUAUUGAAAAAACAUGGAAACAAGAAGCAAAAGAAAGAAUAACAAUAAAAGAAGUAGUAAGAAUGUUAGAAAGAAUUGAAAAUAAAGAAUGA